UUGGAGAAGCAAUUAGACGUUUGAGAGAUGGUGGCGAUGGCACGGUUGACUUUUCAGUGCACAAGUCCUAUUAAGUUGGCACCUUCUUUUAAGAGUCACUCUAGGUUCUCUCUUGGUUUCUGUAGACACACAUACAAUACUUUGACAACUAAACCUGGUAGAAGUUUCUCACCUAGGUUUCCUGAACAACUUCUGUCUUACUGGGCUACUUUGGAAAACAACAACAGUUCGAGAGAACGGUUAAGUAUCUUCGAUCUUACCGUAGAAGAAGUCGCAGAAGACUAUGGCCUGCCUCUGGACUAUGUAGUUGAUGUCUUAGUCAGUAACGGUGUUAGUGAAUCCAUUCAACCAAGUGACAUUUUGGCAAGUCAUGUGAAAGAAAAUAAGAAGAUGGAGGUUUUAGAAGCUCUUUCCUUUUCUGAUGCCAUUGAGGUUGGAGACUUGUAUCUUCAACCAACUGUUGAGGAAAUAGCUCAAGCAAAUGGCCUCACAAGUUCACAUGUCUUAGAAUUUCUGCGAAAGGAAGGCUUCGAGGCUCCAUUGGGUUCUCGAACAAGGAUUCCUCCCCAGUACAUCUCCGCCGUUGAUGGGUACAUAGCUGAGCUUUUGUCCCGUUUUAGAAGGCAACGAUGACCUAGGCUUCUCAUACAUACUGUGGUUUCCUACUUGUUUAUGCUCCUUUUGUAAACACAACAACUCACUAGAAUAAAUUUCUUCCGAACUGCAACUCACUCAUAUACUUGAUAUUAUGUCGCGGCGUUACUCCAGUAUUU